AUGAGUCACGACCACUUUCCUGCUCUCCCAUCUGAACUCGUGGAUUGGGACCCACAAAUCAUCUCCCUCAACACCAACGGCUUCUCCAACAGCCACCGGUACAUCCUCCAGAAACUCUCAAGCACACACGACGUCACCUUCGUCCAAGAAACGCGUUUCCGCGCGCCGAGUUUGCAAGACAAAGUGUCCUACCAUUGGCAACCCCACAUCACCCACCCACCCGCCACGGGCGGCUUGGCAACUCUCCUCCACCCCCACUCACCCCUGAAGAACGCCGUCGAAGUUGCACACGACAAUCCGAUUCUUCGCGGACGAUAUCUGCAAGUGCGUUGUGUUCUUGGCCCUGCCACGAUUGUUCUCCACAACGUGUACGCGCCAAUUUCAUGGUCCGAGCGAGCGCGCUUCUUCGACGAACUGCCACGCGACUUCCCCCCACAUUUCCUCCACAUUGUGGGAGGCGACUUCAACUGCACGCUCAACAAGGAUUUGGACUCGCUCAACCCCAGCGCCGCCACCAUGGCCGGAACAGACGCCUUGUUGACCUGGAUGCGAGACUUGUCCAUCGUGGACCUGUUUCGCCAGCAAAAUCCACUGCGGAAGACUUUUACCAGUCCCAAGCUCAUCAACCGCCUGGACUACAUCUUCUGCUCUUCGAGUUUGGCAAGGUUGGCGCAUUGGAAAGCCGCGCACUUGCCGCAUAUCCCUCACGCCGAUCACGUGGCUUGUCGAAUCAUUGCCCAACGACAGACAACGCGACAUGGCUCCGGUUCCUGGAAGGCCCCGCCGUGGCUGCUGCGACUUAGCACUUGA